AUGAAUUCUAUAUUGCGAACAAGAGUUCUAUCGCUACGUGCACUUGCUAAUAUCAGAAUGUAUUCUGGUGAACCAGGCUCUGGUGCUGGUAAAGGAGGUGGCGGUGGUGGCUCAAUCCGUGAGGCUGGUGGCUCCUUCGGCAAGAUGGAAGCGGCUAGAGAAGAUGAAUACUUUUACAAAAAGCAAAAGGAGCAAAUUGCCAACUUAAGAGGACACAUGGAGAAAGAGAUCGCCUUUCACCAGGAACAAAUCAAGCGUCAUGAAGAUGCUAUUAGACGUCAUAAGCAAACUAUGGCAGAUAUGCCAGACAAACAAUGA